AUGCCCAGCAUCCCUCAUGAUGUCAUCAGCCAUCAGCUCAACAUUAGCCCUAAUUUCAAACCAAUCUGGCAGAAACGACGAGCCUAUGAUGCUGAAUGGUACGAAGCAAUGGGGCUUGAGGUGGAAAAAUUACGGGCGAUCGGCUUCAUCCGGGAUGUCGUCUACCUGAUUUGGCUUGCGAAUUCUGUCUUGAUAAAGAAAUCAAGCGGCGUGUGGCGAAUAUGCCAAGACUAUACUGAUAUGAACAAGGCAUGCCCCAAGGACAAUUUCCCUCUGCCAAGGAUCGACCAGUUAGACGUCACGGUAGGUCAUGAACUCCUGAGCUUCAUGGACGCUUAUUUCGGCUACAAUCAAAUCUUCAUGAACCCCGCCGACUGCAAACACACAUUGUUCAUUACCGACAAAGGACUCUAUUGUUAUGAAGUCAUGCCGUUCAACCUGAAAAAUGCUAGAAAAAUGUAUAAGCUUUUAGUCAACAGAAUCUUUGUCGAGCUCAUAGGCACUUCUAUGGAAGUCUAUGUGGACGACAUGAUGGUCAAAAGCAAGACCGCCGAUCGGCAUCUCCACGACCUCUCCCUCAUGUUCGACGUCUUCAAGAAGUAUAGUAUGCGCCUCAAUCCAACCAAAUGCGCCUUUGGCGCAUUACUCGACAUGCAAGUUUCGACAAUGCAAAAUGACAUCCAGUCUCUCACCGGACGAGUUGCAGCCUUAGCACAAUUCACAUCAAAGGCCAUCGACCGAUAUGCCCCUUUCUUCAAAGCCCUUAAGGGGAACCUUAAGGUUUACGUGAGCAGAGCACCCCUACUAUCUACCCCUCUCCCAAGAGAGAGCCUCAUCCUCUACAUAUCAAUCUCAGCAACAGCACUUAGCUCUGUGCUCAUCCGACGCCGAGCUUCGAUACCACAAUUGGAAAAGCUUGCUUACGUUCUUGUCCUUUCGGCCCGAAAGCUCCGACCUUAUUUUCAGGCUCAUGCGAUUACGGUGCUUACCAAUCAGCCCAUUGCGCCAAGUUUUGCAGAAACCAGAGACAUCGGGAAGGCUAGGCUAAUCAAGUGGGCCAUCGAGCUCGAGGAGUUUGACAUCCACUAUUACCCCUGUCCUGCCGAAAAAGGACAAGCCGUUGCUGAUUUCAUUUCUUAG